AUGGGCCAAACACUGGCUUUAUCGCAACUUGUACCUACCAAUAUUCAAAGACUCACCUCUGGUACAACACCAUCAUCAUCACGAAUCACCCACGGAGAUUCAAACACUGAACGACAUCGAAGGCUUUCCGAAGAAGAAGAAGAGGCUCAUCAAGAAUUUAUCGAUCAACAGCAUCAACCACAUGAUUCAUUUCAUCAUGAUGAUCUAGAGAGCGGAGUUGUUACUUCUCAAUCAUCACCACCACCACCACAACAACAACAACAUACAACUAGCAACCAUACGAGCUCUGUUUUAUUAUUUGGAGGAGCUCCAAUGAUGAUUGACGGAUUAUUAAAUUAUGAAUUCUUUAAUGGAAUCAAUAAUGUCAAUGAAUUAGUAAGCUUGUUUGGAUAUUAUGGAAGAAUUGAAGGAUUAUUUGGAAGGAAUUUAGAUCACUAUGAACAGCAACAUCAAGAACACACUCCAUUUGAAUAUAAAGACACAAUGAUUCUACGAAAUGAUGUGAAUAUUCAAAAAAAUUCUCUUAUACUAGUCAAUGAUCAGAAUGGAUUUAGUUUAUCCUUUAAAUUUGAUGUGAGAACUAACUUCAUUGAUGAAUGCAAGGUGAAAAUUUAUUUGAAAGCUAAAGAAAUUCGAAAUUUGAAUCCUACUAAUAAUGGACCAGUUGUAAAAUAUGAAUCAUCCACAGUGUUACCUUCAAAAAUAUUCAAUCAUUUUGAAAUUCAACAGAAUGAUGGUGCCCAAUAUUAUACUUCUUCUUCCCAAACUCCAACACAAUCUACUACGUUAGGAAAUACAACAAUGACUGAUUUAUCAUCUUCACAAAUGGGAACAUCUAGUGAUGAUGAUCAUUCACUCAACAAGUCUUCAAGAAGAGAUUAUCACAAUUCAACAAGUCUAGAAUAUAAUGUGAAUCAUUCGAUAUCGUUAGAAACUAUUUUUACUCAUCGAGAAGAAAUGCAAUACAACAUUGCAAGUAACAACAACAGUGUUACCAAUGAUUCUCAUUCUUCCAUAGAAAUGGAAUCUACACUCAUUCCAAUGGUUAUUGAAAUUCAAAGUGAAACAUGUUCUCAAUUCUCUCUUUGUUCCAUAGUAGACUCUCAACGAUCAUCCGAUCAUGACAGUAAUUAUUCUAUUAAGGUGAACAAACAAAAGUUAAUGAUUGGAAAUGAAUUGUAUGAAGUUGCAGAAAUUUAUCAUCAAACGACGAAUCAUCAUUCCAACACUGAACAAGCUGACACUACCACUGCUCACUCUCCUCACGAUGACGAAGAAGAUGAGAAUUUAUGUGUCAUUUGUAUUAGUGAACCAGCAACCACAGUGGUAUUACCAUGUGGUCAUUUGAGUCUCUGUACAGAAUGUGCCAAUGCACUUCGUAGUCAAACUAACAAGUGUCCAAUAUGUCGACAAACCGUUGAAUCCGCCAUUCAAUUACCAUCCAGAGAGAAUAUGUAA